CAUUGACAUUUCUCUUCUUGCUCCAUUUCCCUUCUUUUUGUAAGAAGCAUUUUUUGUUCUUUAAUUCAAUUUCCAUUUGCACAGAAGAUGGAUACCACAGCAGCUCAAUUUCCAUACCCAUGGCAGCGUUGCAAAAUCAUUCACUUGGUGAGGCACGGACAAGCUAUGCAUAAUGUAGAAGGAGACAUUAAUCGUGAGGCACUGUUGUCUCCUCACCUAUUUGAUGCAGAACUCUCCCCACUUGGCCUGCAGCAGGUUGAUAGACUGCGAAAGGAAGUUCAUGCUAGUGGGAUGCUGAAGAGGAUUGAGUUAGUCGUCACUUCCCCUUUGUACAGAACAAUGCAAACAGCUAUUGGAGUUUUUGGUGGUGAAAGCCUUGGAGAAGGAGGGAAUGACAACUUUUCUGCAAUAUCAGCUGUCAGUUGGCCCCAAAUUAUGGCAGUUGAGCUUUGUCGAGACAAAAUGAUGGAUGGGGAAGAGGAUUCUCUGUGGAACCCGGACGUUCGAGAGCCCGAUGAAAAAGUUUCUGUGAGGAUGGCCCAGUUUAUGAAAUGGCUGUGGACAAGGCCAGAGCAGGAGAUUGUUAUUGUGAGCCAUGGCAUAAUCCUGCAGCAUAUACUGUAUGUACUUGGAAAUGACUCCCACCCAACAGUUAGAUCAGCUUUAUGCCAACGCUUUGGCAAUUGUGAGCUUCGUUCGGUGGUCAUCGUGGACAAAAGCCUUAUGGGAUCGGAUUCACCUCUUUGAUCACCAAGAGAAGUUGCAAAAGAGAACGCGUUAAGGAAGUUUCAAACUAAUUGGAGUCUCUGACUUUUGAAACAUUAGACUCACUGUGUCAAUAAUAGGGGGUAGUCUUAAGGAUUCUUUCAUCUUCUUACCAAAUUGCAUUCUUUUCUUUUUAAGGUUGUUUGAUCAAUUCAAGUCUGUUUCCAUUGUAAAAUAAUUGAUCGUUAACAUGUGUUCCCUAUUCUUUAUACAUGGUGAAUAAAUAUGUAUUUUGUCAAAUUCAAUGUACACUCAUUGUCCUGUUGGGCAAUUGUAAUUGGAGUGGAAUAAUUUAUGGAGAAUCAGCAUUUCUUCUUGUUUUCCUA